GACGCAGAAGGAUCUGGCUGUUUAAGCAUAGCUGGGGCUAAAGUCCCUAUGGCAUUCCUGCUGGAGGCUAGAAUUCUGACAGACAAUCUGGACUUGGUUUAUUCUGCAAUACAGUGGAUACAAUUUGUUAUGGCUACUCUGAGUAUUAUAGGUUCAAGUUCACUUAUUGCUUAUGCUGUAUUCCAGAAUAUACAGAAAUCUCCAGAGAUGAGGCCACUCUUUUAUCUGAGCUUCUCUGACCUCCUCCUGGGGAUAUGCUGGCUCAUUGAAGCACUUCUCUAUGGAACUUCAGCAGCCAAUAAGGACAUUGUCUGCUAUAACCUGCAAGCAGUAGGACAGAUAUUCUACAUUUCUUCAUUUCUCUACACCGUCAAUUAUGUCUGGUAUCUGUACAAAGAACUAAGGAUGAAACACACCCAGAGUGGACAGAGCACAUUUUCCUUGGUUAUAGAUAAUACUUAUCGAGUUGGUCAGAUAGCCAUCAUUUCGUCAAGCCUGAUACCUCUACUAUUGAUGAUACCUGUAUUCUGUCUGGGCAAUGCCAGUGAAUGUUUCCGCAACUUUAGCCAGAACCACAGGUGUAUCCUGAUGCACUCACCACCAUCAGCCAUGGCUGAACUCCUGCCUUCUGCCAACACAUCAGUCUGUAGAACACUUUAUUUUUAUGGGCUCAUCAUUUUCCUGGCCAGCUUUCUACUCAGCCUCUUCACCAUUGUGGUCUUACUCAUCCAAGCCCAGACUCUGUAUAAGAAGUUUGUGAAAUCAACUGGCUUUUUGGGAAGUGAACAGUGGGCAGCGAUUCACAUCGUAGAGCAGCGAGUACGCUUCUACCCAGUGGCCUUCUUGUGCUGCUGGGGCCCAGCUGUCAUUUUGAUGAUCAUAAAACUGAUUGAGCCACAGGACACCAAGCUUCACAUGGCCCUCUAUAUACUUCAGGCUCUAACAGCAUCAUCCCAGGGUCUGCUCAACUGUGGAGUAUAUGGAUGGACACAGUACAAGUUCUUUCAACUAAAGCAAGAAACUCGGCGUGAUGCAGACACCCAGACACCAUUAUUAUGCUCACAGAAGAGAUUCUAUAGCAGGGGCCUAGAUCCAUUGGACUCUACCCUUGCUUUUGCUACCAGCACCUCUACUACUCUUUGAAACUAGUACUGGGAUACAGGAACUGCAGUUAUUCCACACUAAAGGAUUGGGAAAAGUGUUGGGGAACAUCUUUAGUCUUUUGGAAAUUAAAGGGAAUAUAGUGCCAUGGUUUAGUAGCCAUUCUAGGUGAAUUGGGCAGGAUCUUUAUAUUAUUUUCAGAUUCACUAGUGAUUCUUAAAGUCUUUGUUCAAGGAGAUGAAGCCACUUUUCAUCUAAGAGAAGGACUUAUUACCUUGGUGAAUAUUAGACUUGUCUAAGUCUUUUCUUAGAAAAAUUAAUUAUAGUUUAUUAUUUAUACAUGCCACUUCCAGGUUCUCUAUUCCAUGGUUUCAAGUGAAGUAGGGUGGCAUGCAACAGUUUUCUCAGCUGUCAUUGCUAUGUCUGCCUCUGAGGUUGGACAGAAAGUUUCUGUUCUUUGAAGAGGUUUGGAAACUCAGAAUAAGCAAGGACAACAACUAUCAAAAAAGUGACAGUGAGAUACUCAGAUGCACCAUAGUCUAGUCUCAUAUGUUCAGUGCCAUUCUAAGUCUUGACAGGGACCAUCCUACUCUAAAAAAUUAGGGCCAGUCUUUUGAAGUUACAGGGAAUAAUAAGAUUUAAGAGAAAUCAUGACUAGAGGAAACUCUAGGAAUCAAAAACUCUAAAAUGUCCUUUACAAGCAGAAGUCCUAAGAAGGUUUAAUAGUGCUGAAAAUUGAAUUAGGUUUAACCAUUUGAACUUGCCAUUUUUAUAGGUGAAAAUGGUCUAAUAUCAAUUUUACAUGGUUCAACUUAACAGAGCUAAAUAUGUUUAUAGAAUAAAUGAAUAAAUGAAUGAA